AUGUCGAACGUCAUUCUUUUCGGCGACCAGACCGCCGAGCAAUACCCUCUCCUCCACCGCAUCGUUCUCCGCAGGGACAAUGCACUCCUCUCCAACUUCGUUGAGCGUGUCGCUCUCGCCAUUCGCGAGGAGACCCGCAACCUCCCGCGCAGCCAGCGAAUGUCGAUCCCCGACUUCUUGACCCUCAGCAACUUGGUCGAGGCGUACUACCAGAAGGGCACCAAGGUGCCAAUGCUCGAGUCUGCCUUCGUCACCGUCGCGCAGCUUGGUCACUACAUCGGAUACUUCUCUGAGCAUCCCGCUGAGCUCCCAGCAGCCAGCAACACCCGCGUCCUCGGUCUCUGCACUGGUCUCCUUGCCGCGUCUGCCGUCGUCUCUGCAAGGACGGUCGAGGAGCUUGUCACUCUCGGUGUCCACUUCGUCCGUGUCGCCUUCCGCUCUGGUGCGGUAGUCGACAGCGUGCGCUCUGUUCUCGGCCAACCGGGCCAGGAGCAGGCACCUUGGUCUGCCAUUGUCACUGGGGCCAAUGAGCAAGCUGCAAAGAAGGCUUUGGCUGCUUUCCACGAAGAGAAGGGGAUCCCACAACCCAACCAGGCCUACGUGAGCGCCGUCUCCGUCAUGGCAAUCACAAUCUCCGGCCCUCCCACGACCCUGGAGCGACUGUUCAAGGAGUCCGCUCUGUCCUCGAACAACCGUGUCCCAAUCCCAGUCUACGGACCUUACCACGCUGAGCACCUGUUCGGUCCAGCUGAUUACGAGAAGAUCAUGUCUGGCGAGGUCGGCCGCGAGCUGAGGAAGCACCUGCCAGCUUCUCUUGUGCACUCUGCAGCUACCGGCAAGUCCAUGGUUGCCGAGAACUCUUAUGAGCUCGUGAAGCUCGCUCUUGGAGAGAUGAUGCAACAUGCAGUCCGCUGGGACCGUCUCCUCGAGGAGGUUGUCUCGCAGAUGGCCUCCGCCAAGUUUGGCGCCAAGAUCUACGCCAUGGGUGUCAGCAACGUUGCCAACAGCUUCGUCUCUGCACUUAAGGCUGGUGGGCAGAACAACGUGUCUGUCGUCGACCACACCACGUUCACUGAGGACACUCAGUAUACCGGUCGCACCCAGAACGACAAGGUCGCCAUCGUCGGUCUUGCCGGUCGUUACCCCAACGCCGCCAACCACGAGGCUCUUUGGGAUCUCUUGAUGAAGGGCCUUGAUGUUCACCGUAGGAUCCCUGCGGAUCGCUUCGAUGCCGAUGCUCACUGCGAUCCGUCUGGCAAGGGCAAGAACAAGUCUCACACUCCUUUCGGCUGCUUCAUCGACGAGCCAGGUCUCUUCGACCCUCGUUUCUUCAACAUGUCUCCACGUGAGGCUGCUCAAACCGAUCCUAUGGGCCGUCUCGCCUUGGUAACUGCGUACGAAGCUCUUGAGAUGUCUGGAUACGUUCCCAACCGUACUCCCUCCACAAAGCUUCACCGUAUUGGAACCUUCUACGGUCAGACUUCCGACGACUGGCGUGAGAUCAACGCGGCUGAGAACGUCGACACCUACUUCAUCACUGGUGGUGUGCGUGCCUUCGCCCCUGGCCGCAUUAACUACUACUUCAAGUUCUCCGGCCCCUCGUACUCUAUCGACACUGCCUGCUCUUCGUCUCUCGCCGCCAUUCAGCUCGCCUGCACCUCCCUCUGGGCUGGUGACUGCGACACUGCCUGCGCUGGUGGUCUCAACGUCCUGACCAACCCCGACAUUUUCUCUGGUCUUUCCAAGGGUCAAUUCUUGUCCAAGACUGGAUCUUGCAAGACCUACGACAAUGACGCCGACGGCUACUGUCGUGGUGAUGCCUGCGGUACUGUCAUCUUGAAGCGUUACGAAGACGCUAUUGCCGACAAGGACAACAUCCUUGGUUGCAUUCUGGGCGCCGCUACCAACCAUUCUGCGGAGGCCGUCUCCAUCACCCACCCGCACGCUGGGGCCCAAGAGUUCUUGUACAAGCAGGUUCUUGCCAAUGCUGGCGUUGACGCGCACGAGAUCAGCUAUGUGGAGAUGCACGGUACAGGCACUCAGGCUGGUGACGGCAUUGAGAUGACCUCGGUCACCAACGUGUUUGCUCCCCGCCACCGCCAGCGAAAGCCAGAGCAGACCGUUCACCUUGGUGCUAUCAAGGCCAACGUUGGUCACGCCGAGGCUGCUUCCGGUAUCAACUCUCUCUCCAAGGUGUUGAUGAUGAUGAAGAACAACAAGAUCCCUGCCAACGUUGGUGUCAAGGGCGUGAUGAACAAGACGUUCCCCGCUGACUUGAAGGAUCGCAACGUUCACAUCUCCCUCAAGGAAGUGGACUGGCCACGCAAGACUGAGGCCCCUCGCAAGGUCUUCCUCAACAACUUCUCUGCCGCCGGUGGAAACACCGCACUGCUCCUCGAGGACGGACCUGUCCGCAAGGCGCCAACCGCCACCGACCCUCGUGGCACUCUCCCAAUCACGGUUACUGCUCGUUCCAUUGGCUCCCUGAAGCGCAACUUGGUCAACUUGCAGCAGUACGUGAAGGACAAUGGCAGCACCACUCUGCCAUCGUUGUCCUACACUCUGACUGCUCGUCGCAUUCAGCACAACUACCGCGUUGCCUUCCCGCUUGCUGACAUCAACAAGGUGGUGGAUGCUCUCCAAGCUCAGGUCAAGGAAUCGUACAACCCAGUCCCAAUGGCUGCUGCCAAGACCGCAUUCUGCUUUACUGGCCAGGGCUCUCAGUACACUGGUCUCGGCCAGAAGCUGUAUCAGGACCUCAAGAGCUUCCGUGAAGACAUCAACCAGCUCGACCAGCUCGCCCGCAUCCAGGGUCUGCCGUCCUUCCUCGAGCUCCUCGAUGGUACCGACGUCCAGACUCUCUCUCCGGUCAAGGUGCAGCUCGGCAUGGCCUGCAUUCAGGUUGCGCUCGCUCGCAUGUGGGCAUCCUGGGGCAUCACCCCAACCGCGGUCAUCGGCCACAGCCUGGGUGAGUACGCCGCUCUUCACGUCGCAGGUGUCAUCUCUGCAUCCGACAUGGUCCUUCUUGUCGGACGCCGUGCUGAACUGCUUGUUCGUGACUGCACUCCUCACACUCACGGCAUGCUUGCUGUCAAGGGUAGCGCCGAGGCUAUCCGCAGCACCCUCGGCAGCAAGAUGACCGAGAUUGCCUGCAUCAACGGCCCAGAAGAGACUGUUCUUUGUGGCAGUGGUGACGUUGUUGGUGCUGCCAACGAGACCUUGACGCAGCGUGGUUUCAAGGCCACCAAGCUGAACGUGCCAUUCGCCUUCCACUCUGCCCAGGUUGACCCAAUACUCGACCAAUUCAAGAAGAUCGCCUCCUCGGUCACCUUCAACAAGCCCGUUGUGCCAGUCCUGUCUCCUUUGGAGGGCGAAAUCAUUCGCGAUGCGGGCAUCAUCGGCCCCGAGUACCUUGCUCGUCACGCUCGUGAGACCGUCAACUUUUGGACCGCACUUACCAGCGGUCAGAAGGAGAAGAUCUUCGACGAGAAGACUGCCUGGCUUGAGGUGGGAGCUCACCCAGUGUGCUCUGGCAUGGUCAAGGCCUCCAUCGGCGCCACCGUCACCGCUCCAUCCCUCCGUCGUGGCGAAGAUGCCUGGAAGACUGUCUCCACCAGCAUCUGCCAGCUCUUCACUGCCGGCGUCUACGUCAACUUUGACGAAUUCCAUCGCGAAUUCAACGAUGCUCAGGAGCUGCUUCCCCUGCCAACUUACUCAUUCGACAACAAGAAGUACUGGCUGGACUACCACAACAACUGGACUCUCACCAAGGGCGAGGUCCCUCAGGCCAAGGAGGUUGUUGUCGAGAAGCAAGUCGCUGCUCCUGCGCCAGUCGUCGAGGCACCCAAGAAGCGCCUCUCCACUUCCUGCCAGAAGGUGAUGGAAGAGGAGUUCGCCGGUGACCAGGCACGUGUUGUCGUCCGAUCCAACUUGGCAGACGAGAAGUUGUACCCCGUCGUCUGUGGUCACAUGGUCAACAACGCUGCCCUAUGCCCAUCCUCGUUGUACGCUGACAUGGCUCUCACCGUCGCUGACUACAUCUGGAAGGAGGCCCGUCCAGGCACCGAGACCCCAGGCUACAACGUCUGCAAUAUGGAAGUGCCAAAGCCGCUCAUCGCACAGAUUCCACAGCCACCUCAGGGUCAGCACAUCGAAUUGGAGGCCAACGCCGACUUGGAGCAAGGCAUCUUGAAGCUUCAGUUCCGCAGCGUGCAGCCCGAUGGCAAGAAGAUCCAGGACCAUGCCUCUUGCGUCGUCCGCUACGAAGACAAGGCUGCUUGGUCCGAAGAGUGGGCCCGAUACAACUUCAUGGUCAAGGCGCAGAUGGAAAUGCUCACCGCCAAGACGAUGAAUGGCGGCGCUCACAAGGUUCAGCGUGGUAUGGCCUACAAGCUUUUCAAGGCUCUUGUCAACUACGACAGCAAGUACCGUGCCAUGGCCGAAGUUGUUCUCGACGGUGCCAACACCGAGGCGUCUGCCACCCUCGACUUCCCAACCAAGCCGGAGGACGGCGACUUCUACUGCGCUCCUUACCACAUUGACGGCUCUUGCCACAUCUCUGGAUUCAUCGUCAACGCCUCUGACUUGCUCGACUCCGAGCAGAACGUCUACGUCUCCCACGGCUGGGGUGCCAUGAAGUUCUCUAAGCCUCUGGUCGCCGGCAUGCGCCUCCGCAACUACGUGCGCAUGCUUCCUCAGCCCAACAACAUUUCCAAGGGAGAUGUCUACAUCAUGCAAGGUGAUGAGAUUGUGGCUGUCUGCGAGGGCAUCAAGUUCCAGCAGAUCCCACGCCGUGUCUUGAACACCUUCCUCCCGCCGAACAAGGGCUCUGCAGCCCAGGCCGCACCUGCUCCUGCUCCUGCCCAGGCUGCUCGUGCCGCCGUGCCUCGUCCUGCUCUGGCCCGCACCUCGCCAGUACCCGCACCGAUCAAGACCGCAGCGGCUCCAGUCAAGCGCACUGUCUCUUCCGCUCAGCCAACUCCGGUCACCGCGACCAAGGCCUCGAAGCCCAAGAAGGCCGCUGCCAAGAAGCCCGCCGGCAGUCUCGUCGACAAGGUCAUGCGAAUUCUUGCCAAGGAGACCGAAGUCGACGUGUCCGAGCUUGUCGACGAUGCUCACUUCGAGAACCUCGGCGUUGACUCUUUACUCUCCCUGACCAUCUCAGCUGUCUUCCGUGAAGAACUCGAAAUGGAGAUCGCCUCCUCUCUCUUCACUGAUUACCCAACUGUCGGAGAGAUGAAGAAGUACUUUUCCCAGUUCAAUGGUGCUGCCAGCAGCAGCCCAGCCGAGACCGAGGAGGACUCCGACGAGGACAGCCUGCCACCAACAGACGUGCCAACUCCCUUUGACGUCAUCUCCACUCCCGCCUCCAGCGCCCCCAGUGUUGCUCCCAGUGAUGCUGGUAAGCCGGAACUCGACUCACCGACCCGCGAGACCCUUGCCGAUGUUGCCGACGUCAGCCUGGCUCGUCACGUCGUUGCCAGCGAGAUGGGUGUCGACAUCUCUGAGAUCACCGACAACGCAGAACUGGCCGAGAUGGGAAUGGACUCGCUGAUGAGCUUGACCAUUCUUGGUGAGCUUCGUGAGAAGACCGGCAUCGAUCUUCCAUCUACCUUCCUCUCGACCAACCCUACCAUCAAGGACAUCGAGGAUGCUCUCGGUAUGCGCCCCAAGGCGAAGGCCGCCCCAGCUGCUCCCAAGCAAUCUUCGACCAAGACUGAUUUGAACGAGGUUUCCGCUAGGUUAUCCGAGAUCAACCGAACCGACAUCUCGAGAUAUCCUCCUGCCACCUCCGUCCUGCUCCAAGGCAAUGCGAAGAUCGCUACGAAGAAGAUCUUUUUCCUGCCUGAUGGAUCCGGCUCGGCUACCAGCUACGUCAGCAUCCCAAACCUCGGACCAGACGUUUGUGCGUACGGUCUCAACUGCCCCUUCAUGAAGAGCCCGGAGCAAUGGCAAUGCGGCAUCGAGGUCUCUUCCCUCAUCUACCUUGCCGAGCUCAAGCGUCGUCAACCUAAGGGCCCUUACAUCCUCGGUGGCUGGUCAGCAGGUGGUGUGAUUGCGUACGCCGUGGCACAAGCUCUUCUCGCUGCCGGCGAGAAGGUCGAGAAGUUGCUGCUCCUCGACUCUCCUUGCCCGGUCAACCUCGCACCUCUUCCCGCCCGCCUCCACGUCUUCUUCAACGAGAUCGGUCUUUUGGGCACUGGAGACCCAACCAAGACUCCAAAAUGGCUGCUUCCUCAUUUCUCUGCUGCCAUCCGCUCGCUCAGUGACUACGACCCAAAGCCCAGCAUUGGUCCUAUGCCAACCUACGCCAUCUGGUGCACCGACGGUGUAGCCGGCAACCCAGGCGACCCACGCCCACCACCAGCUGAGGAGGAGGACCCAGCGCCAAUGACCUGGCUCCUCAACCAUCGUACCGACUUCAAGUCCAAUGGCUGGGAUCAACUGUGCGGCAACAACAUGAAGUUCGGCGUCAUGGGCGGCCACCACUUCUCCAUGAUGAAAGACCCUCACGCACACGACCUUGGCAAGCUCAUCCGGGAGGGACUCGACUGGAAGGCAUGA